AUGUAUAACGGCAUUGGUCUCACAACACCGCGUGGAAGCGGGACGAACGGUUAUGUUGUCCGCAACCUCUCUGCUCUCCGCUCUCGCGACACGGCUGCCGACCGUGCGGGAGCAUGGGAUGUUGCUCCACCAAAGCAUCGAGAGCCAGAUGAAGCCAUUCUGGAGCACGAGAGGAAGCGAAAAGUAGAGGUGAAAUGCCUGGAGCUGCAGCUUGAGCUCGAGGACAAAGAAGUCGAGGAAGACGAGAUUGAACGACAAGUUUCAGCGCUUCGAGAGCAGCUACUUCGUACGCUGGCUGCCGUGCCCGGCUCUGGGAAGGGACUCAGGGCAUCUGACACACAUGGCCUUGCAGCGGCUAAAAAAGUCGAGCUCAAUAAAAUGGCCGCUGCCCUUGGCACCCGCCGGGACUAUAGUGAAGGCGAUGCAUUCGACCGGGAGAAACAGGAAGAGGCACGGAUCAAGAGGCUCGCAGAGAGAGAAGAGAGAGAGCAGCGGAAACUGGAA